GUAUAGAGAGUCCUCCUCCCGCGGGGCGUGGGAAAGUGUUCGCGGGGAACUCUGGGAAGCUCCUGUCCUCCGCCACCAUCUUGCUUUCCUUUAAUCCUGUAGUGACCACGGGUCAGAGCACUUUUGAACCAUGAAGCUACUAACCAGAGCGGGGUCCUUCUCGAGAUUUUAUUCCCUCAAAGUUGCCCCCAAAGUUAAAGCCGCAGCUGCCCCUGCAGGAGCGCCUCCACAUCCUCAGGACCUUGAGUUCACCAAAUUACCAAAUGGUUUAGUGAUUGCUUCUUUGGAAAACUAUGCUCCUGUAUCAAGAAUUGGUUUGUUCAUUAAAGCAGGCAGUAGAUACGAGGACUCCAACAACUUAGGAACCUCUCAUUUGCUGCGUCUUGCGUCCAGUUUGACUACAAAAGGAGCUUCAUCCUUCAAAAUAACUCGUGGAAUUGAAGCAGUUGGUGGUAAAUUAAGGUUUGUUAAAGAACUUUUCGUUUCUGUUGAAACAGGUGUGAGUCAUCCUGUUCUCAAGCAAGUUGCAGAACGGUUUCUCAACAUGAGGGGUGGGCUUGGUUUAUCUGGUGCAAAGACCAGAUACCGUGGAGAUGUCAUUGAAAAUUUGCAUGCUGCAGCUUACCGGAAUGCCUUGGCUAAUUCCUUGUAUUGUCCUGACUAUAGGAUUGGAAAAGUGACACCAGAGGAGUUACAUUACUAUGUUCAGAACCAUUUUACAAGUGCAAGAAUGGCUUUGGUUGGACUGGGUGUGAGUCAUCCUGUUCUCAAGCAAGUUGCAGAACGGUUUCUCAACAUGAGGGGUGGGCUUGGUUUAUCUGGUGCAAAGACCAGAUACCGUGGAGGUGAAAUUCGAGAACAGAGUGGAGACAGUCUUGUCCAUGCUGCUCUUGUAGCAGAAAGUGCUGCCAUAGGAAGUACAGAAGCAAAUGCAUUUAGUGUUCUUCAGCAUGUCCUCGGUGCUGGACCACAUGUCAAGAGGGGCAGCAAUGCUACCAGCCUUCUAUACCAGGCUGUUGCCAAGGGAAUUCAUCAGCCAUUUGAUGUUUCCGCUUUCAACGCCAGUUACUCGGAUUCUGGACUCUUCGGGAUUUACACCAUCUCCCAGGCUACAGCUGCUGGAGAUGUUAUCAAGACCGCCUAUAACCAAGUAAAAACAAUUGCUCAAGGAAACCUUUCCAAUACAGAUGUGCAAGCUGCCAAGAACAAGCUAAAAGCUGGAUACCUAAUGUCAGUGGAGUCUUCUGAGGGUUUCCUGGAUGAAGUUGGGUCCCAGGCUCUAGUUGCUGGUUCUUACGUGCCACCAUCCACAGUCCUUCAACAGAUUGAUUCGGUGGCUAAUGCUGAUGUCAUAAAUGCCGCAAAGAAGUUCGUUUCUGGCCAGAAGUCAAUGGCAGCAAGUGGAAAUUUGGGACAUACACCUUUCGUUGAUGAGUUGUAAUACUGAAGCACAUAUUACAGGAGAGAGCUGAACAUUCUCUCAGCCCAGAGCAGCAAACAUAUGAAAGUCAGAAGUCUCUAAUAUAUUUAUCUUUUUUUUUAAUGAGGUAAAAUACUUUAAAGCAUAAGUUCUUCCCAACUGACCUAAAGUCAAUAAAGUGUUCUGCUUAAAUGUU